AAUUUCGUCGCGGGUCGCUGCUGUGGCCCAGACAGCUCACAGCAGGGAGUCGAUCCUUAGCGUCACCUCAAAAUGGCACUGCAUGCGACUGGGCCUGCCGCGACCGGCACCACCCGGGGUGCGAGUGCUCGCGCCUCGCGCUCGGGCUAUGUCUCUGCUCCCAGGUCACGGAGGGCGACGCCCGUCCGUGCUUCUGCUACGGAGACCAAGGCUACGGAGCAGCCGAAGGGCACGGUCAGCCUUGGCGCCCUGUUCGGCGGCCUGCCCAAGCUGGGCGUGACCGGCACUGUGCAGCUGGGCAAUAAGAAGAAGGAGGAGAAGAAGGGGCCCGCCGCGCGGGGCGGCCGCGAUGACAGCGUGGUGUUCGUGGCUGGCUCCACGGGCCGCACCGGCGCCCGCGUCGUCAGGGAGCUGCUGGCUGCCGGCUUCACGGUCCGCGCCGGCGCCCGCAACGUGGAGGCGGCGGAGGCGGCGCUCAACGUGGCGGCGGCGUACGGCAUCAUCAAGCCGGAGCAGCUGCGGCAGGUGACGGUGGUGCCGUUCAACCUGGAGAAGCCCGCGGAGUUCGAGGCGGCCAUCGGGUCCGCCAACAAGAUCGUGUGUGCUGUGGGCGCGGCUGAGGACCAGGCGCUCAACUUCUCCGCCCCCAAGAAGGUGGACGGCGACGGCACCAUCGCCCUCAUCAACAAGGCCUCUGAGCUGGGCGUGACCCAGUUCCUGCUGGUGUCCAGUCUGGGCACGGGCAAGCUGGGCUGGCCGGCGGGCGUGCUGAACCUGUUUGGCGGCGUGCUGGUGUGGAAGCGCGAGGCGGAGAAGGCGCUGGAGGCCAGCGGCAUGGCCUACACCAUUGUGCGCCCCGGCGGCAUGGAGCGGCCCACGGACGACUACAAGAAGACGCACAACCUGACCGUCAAGCCGCGCGACACUACCUUUGGCGGCCAGGUCAGCCGCCUGCAGGUGGCGGAGCUGGUGGCGGCGGCCUGCGCCAACCCCACAGCGGCGGAGAACAAGGUCCUGGAGCUGGUUGCGGAGACCACUGCGCCGCCCGUGACCCUGGACUCGCUGAUGCAGGGCAUCAACCAGGACAUCAGCCGGGAGUCCCAGCUGGCCAACCGGGAGCAGGUGGACGCGGCGCGGGCCGAGCUGGCGGCGGCGCAGGUCAAGGCCUCGCAGGCCGCUGCCGCGCUGCUGGACGCGGACAAGCGGGUGGCGGAGCUGUCAGCCCGACUCAAGGAGGCCAAGGCCACGGAGGCGGCUGUGAGGAAGGAGGUGGCGCCGGUGCUCAAGAACGCGGGCCCGCUGGAGAAGCAGCUGGCGGAGGCGCGCAAGGCGGCGGAGCGGGCCGUGCUGCUGGAGGCCGCCAGCAAGGUGGUCCUGGAGCGCGCCCGCAAGGCCGCCGGCUCGGGUGUGCUGCUCAGCGACAAGGAGCGCGCAGCCAUUGUGGACGAGGUGCUCAACCCCAAGCCCGCCGCACCGGAGAAGCCGGCUGCCGCCGCCGAGCCCAAGAAGGGCAGCGCCCAGAUCUUUGGAUUCUUCGGAAAGAAGCCUGAGCCCGCCGGCCCGACUGAGGAGGAGAUUGCUGCCGCUGAGGCCGCCGCUAAGGCCGAGGCUGAGGCCGCCGAGGCCGCCGCCGCCAAGGCCAAGGCACCCGCCGGCCUCUUUGGCGGCUUCUUCACGCCCAAGCCCGCCGGCCCGACCGCGGAGGAGCGCGCCGCCGCCGCCGAGGCGGAGGCCGCCGCCGCCGCCGCUGCUGAGGCUGAGGCCAAGGCUGCCGCCGCUGCCGCCGCUAAGGCCAAGGCGCCGGCGCCGCUCUUCGGCGGCUUCUUCAUGCCCAAGCCCGCUGAGCCCGAGCCGGAGCCGGUGCCGGAGCCGGAGCCCGUAGCGCCGCCGCCGCCGCCGGCCGCCAAGAAGGCCCGCGCCGUGCCCCCGCCCGUGGCCGUGAAGGAGGAGGUGGUGGUGGUGGAGGAGGAGGUGGUGGUGGAGGAGGCCAAGCCCACCUUCUCUUUCGGCGGCUUCUUCAGCGGAUUUGGCAAGGCCGUCAACGCCGAGCCCGAGCCCGCCGCCGCCGCUCCCGCCGAGCCGGAGCCGGCCAAGCCCGAGCCGCCCAAGGCCGCGGAGAAGGUGGUGGAGAAGGUGGUGGAGGCCGCCGCGCCGCCGCCGCCGCCCGUGCCCAAGCCCGCGCCGCCGCCGCCGGCGCCCAAGCCCGCCGUGCCCGAGGUGGACCCGGCCGUGGAGCUGGCGCGCCGCCGCGUGGUGGAGGCAGCCAAGGCCAAGCUGGCGGCGGAGGCCGCCGCCGCCGCGGCCGCCGUGCCCAAGGCCGCACCGCCGCCGCCGCCGCCCGCGCCCAAGCCGGUGGUCGAGGCACCCAAGCCCGUUGAGGCCCCCAAGCCCGUGGAGGCGCCCAAGCCCGUGGUGGCUGAGGCGCCCAAGCCGGCUGAGGCACCAGCGGCCGCCAAGAAGGCGGGUGACUACGACGAGGCUGCCGCCGCCAAGAACAAGGCCGACGCCAAGGCUUGGAUUGCCGCCUGGAAGGCUCAGUCCAAGGCCGGUGCCGCCAAGCCCGCCGCCGCCGCCGCCGCCACCGUCGCUGCCGCCGCCGCCGCCCCCAAGGAGGAGAUCCCCGCCAACAAGGCCGAGGCCCAGGCCUGGAUUGCCGCCUGGAAGGCGCGGACCAAGGGCGAGGAGCCCGCCGCCGCCGCCCCCGCCGAGAGCGAGGUGGUGGUCGAGGAGAACCCCGUGUCCAAGUUCUUCACCAACCUGUUCGGUUAAAGAUCCAAAACAGGUUUAUAUCCUGGAUUCUGGAUCCUGGACAUGAGGCUGUGAUGGAGGUGGCGAAGGGUGUGCGAUGGGGCCUGUGUGGAAGCAGGUCCGUGGCCCCGGAGGCUUGCGCCAGCCAGAUGCGUGGGAGUUGCUAGCCCCUUGAGCUGUGGGGCGGAGUGGGCAAGGAGGGCUAGUCCUGGCUCUGGUUUGGAGAGGUUAGCGCACUAGGUGGGCUGUGUCGAGGGCUAUGGUCAUUCCGCCACUCCGGUCAUCGUGUGCGGGUGGUGUGUGUGAUCGGUUAGGUUGUGUGUACGAUACACAUCUCCUGGCGGCGUGUUGCAGGUUGCUUGCGUUUUCCAGGCACGCCUGUGCUACUCAGUGCGACCGAGCAUGCUUGGUGAGGUCACUUGCAAUAGGUUUAGAUCAAGAGGCGAAGGAGUUGGAUUCAGGAGGCUUAUGUCGGAAAGGCGUUCCGCGGGGUGUGCCGUGCAGGGAAACGGAGUGCAGGGAAACGGAGGUGGUACGGGUGUCCGUCGGACGCGGAUUGCAGCACUGCUGGUGAUAAGACUUUAGCACAAAUCGGGACGAUGUCAAGAGAGAAAGAGAGAAAAGACGGACCCUGCGCUGCCACAAUUUUGAGUGGGCCCCGUGCCAGGGCUCCACGUGCCACUGGGUUUGAGUCUUUGAGUUCGAGAUGAAGACAGAAGACCCCUCAAUUUUCAUGCCAGAGGGGAGCUAUAGUCGCUCGGGCGAGCGACAAACAGGCAGGCGCGGUGGCCGGUCGGCCGGCGCUGUGUAAAGCAACAAACCG